AUGCAGGCAGAACUCGGGAGUUCGCUCCCGCCAGGAGACAAGCAUGCAAGUCCAACUUGCCCAUAUACCCCAGAGCUUCAAGAACUAACAACAUCAAAGGCAGUCAGCGUUUAUAUACCAACGUGGAAAGACACGGUAGCUUGGGCGAGACGAGAUCCAGACUUGAUAUCACAGCUAAAGACCGGUUACCCUCGAUUUUUCGUACCGCUUGUCGUCGGCCAGCUUGCAGAAAGGUUACUCAAAUGGUCAUCUUCCGAACCAACCCUAGAUGAGCUUCCAUCUGAACUGAGAGCUUUAUUGGCUGCUCCUGGACGGUCAGCGAUGAUUCUACCAGCGGGCCAUCAUGCGAGGAUGUGCCGGGAGUAUCUAAACGCCCAGAAUAAGGGAGCCGCAUUUGUCUUGCGAGCCGACUUCAACAACGGGGUCCACCUGGCAGAGACUUUAUUUAGGAGAUGCACCCUUGACGAGAUUUAUGCAGUUGCAUAUCCUCAAGAACUGGCUGUCGACGCUAAAGCAUUCUGGCAGCAUACCGGUUAUGGAGUCUCGAGCCGACAAGCGACACACUGGCUGGAGAGCGCACCAUUCUUGAACCGAGAUAACAAAUCAUCCAGAAGCCAGCUUCAAAACGGAGAGGCCGCAGACGCCAAAGUCGUGGUGCAAAAACGAAUAGCCCAUCUGUUCAGCACAGAGACUAAUCGACUGGAUGCGGAUGAUGUGUUCUUGUACCCAAGUGGCAUGUCUUCAAUAAGUCACACUGCCGACACCAUUGGACAUCUAACCACGGAUGAAAAGAGGACUGUCGCAAUUUUCGGAUUUCUCUAUGUUGACACCUUCAAAGUCCUUAGCAAGAUCUACGGGUUCGACUGCAAACUCUAUGGUGCCACACCAUCCGACCUGGAUGCCCUCGAGGAGGAUUUAGCUGGGGGACUACAGUUGAGUGCUCUCUUCACCGAGUUUCCAGGUAACCCUCUUCUCGGCUCAGUAGAUCUUGAGCGUCUACAAAAGCUCGCCAUCGACUAUGAGUUUUUGUUCGUAGUGGAUGAUACCGUCGCUACAUCAGUCAAUGUCGAGCUCAUAUCGUACUGCGACGUCGUAUGCACAAGCCUAACAAAGAUGUUCAGCGGCGGUUGCAAUGUUAUGGGUGGCAGCAUAGCGCUCAACCCCCAGUCCAGGCUCUUCCCAGCCAUGAAGCGGCUUCUGAAGGACAGAUUUGUCGAUACGUAUUUUCCUCCAGACGCAAUAGUAAUGGAGAAGAACAGCGCGGAUUUUAAAGAGCGAGUCGUAACUGCAAGCGAAAACGCGGAGCGAACAGCAGACAUGCUUCGAAGUCAUGCAUCCGUCGAACAAGUCUAUUAUCCAAAGGGCAACCCGACACAGGAUAUCUACGAGAGAUACAAACGCCCAGAGAGGGGCUACGGAUAUCUACUUUCCAUUCGCUUCAAGACCCCAGAAGCUGCUAUAGCGUUUCAUGAUGGACUUGACGUGGCCAAGGGUCCAAGUCUGGGAACCAACUUCACUCUCUGCUGUGCGUACACACUCUUUGCGCACUUUUCUGAGCUUGAUUGGGCGGCAAAGUAUGGAGUAGUAGAGCAUUUGGUUCGGAUAAGCUUGGGCAUAGAAAGUCAAGAGACUUUGGACGAACUUGUUAGGACAGCAUUGAGGGCAGCGUCACAGGCAAAUCGGGAGCAUGGUUGUAUUAGUGAUAAACUGUGA